UUCAAACUAAGAAAGCAUCGAGCGCUGCGUGUGAAGGUGGUAAAAUCCAAAGGUGUCAAGCCAAAUGCCCCCUAAGGAUUGGAAUAUUGACGAGCAUCACUUAGUUUGGGUUAAGGGGGCUAACUCAGUAUAGCGGUGAAUGAAAACAGCGUCAGUAAAACCACCUACGAUGUAUGUAGGAGCGUUUGCAUGUUGCAAAAGCCCACCCUUUCUUUUUUCCUACGGCACCAUCGCCUGUUCGUUUCGACAGGGGUAAUAUGUAGCCUACCUAAGGUAUGGUCAGUCGUCAAUACAUGUAUCCAAAUCGUUGGGAAUACUCUUCCAAUUGUCUGUCGAGUAUGUACCUACCGACCUAGGUACUUAACAAAUAUACAACACCGACUACCUGUUCUGAACAACCUGCGCCAUUACAUAGACAAUGUAGGUUCGCGGACUCAUGGAAAUCGAAUCGAUAGCACCCCCGUUCUUCGUUUCAAAGAAAGCCACCGACGAGACAAGUGUGUCCCCAGAGUUGACGUUGUGAUGAAUAAGAUAAUCCCCGCAUAAUUCAUAGGCCAGGAAAUCCUACAUUUCUUGACGAAUGCGACUACCUAGUACGGUAGAGUAACUCGAUAGAUUAAAAUACCAUCGAACCCCCAUAUUGCUUACUCGAGCAGUCGAGAUGCAUCUGCGCGAGCAUUGAUGCAUGCGUAAUACACGCAAAUUGCGUUGCAUCUCUCCUGCAUAACGGUAUAUAAGCGUGCCAAGCCGAGGACUCUUGAAGGUCUAGCACAUCCAUAGUAGGUACCUAGGUAUGGAGGUAGGUAGGUAUACUAUAUGGUGAUGAGAUAGAGAAGAGCCACGGUCUAGUCCAGGUACAGUGGCUGCUACAUAUGUAUAGGAGAAAGGACGAAUCGGGAGUCGUU